AUGUUGCCUCCAAACAGCUGGAACUCGCUGCCGACCUUAGGCUCAAUCAGCGGUGGCGACCGUGUCCAUGCAGCUACACGCUCUGGAACCAGAAGCGUCAGGUACAGCUGCUCGGCAGAGGUGUUGAAACUGGUGGAGAAGUCCAGACUAGUGGUGUUGUAUUUGGGAACCGAGCUCGAGGAGACCUUUGUUGCUGGUUUGGGCUCCGACGAGGUCGACUUGUUGAACACCGUCUUCUCCUUGACAACAGUCUUGGUCAAUGAUUUCUCCUGGUUAGCAGCUGUGAAGGUGGAGUUGACCUGCGAUUUGUCAAGUUGGAUAUCCGAAGCAUUCUCUCUCAGCAAGUCUGACGAGAACUCAGAGAGCACUGUUCUGAGCUCGCCAACGAGUUUCGAUCUGAUCAGCGCCCGAACGGUCUCCUCAUCGCUUGAUCCAGUAGGUUUAUCGAAAGCAAUGUCGAACUGGAAGUCCUCAAUUUCUGUGUCAUAUGCCAGCUCAGGAAUGCUCAGAACACCCUUGGUGCCCUCCUUGUUGUCGCUGGAGAAUCCAAGUUGCACCUGGAGAUCGAAAAUAGAGAAAAUCUUGCCCUUUCUUUGGCAAACUUCAACGUCUCCCUCGAGUUUCUUCAAAGAGGUCACAGAAACCGUCGGCUCAGAACCGACAGAAACGCCCACCAGACGCUUCUUACACCACUGCGUGGCCCAUUCGAUACAGUUCUUGUCGACCCAGUGCCAGUUGUUAGGAUUCUGA